AAAAACACGCCACGGGGACAAAUUGUCAGCGUGGUUAAAAGUACCGCGUGUACCGUUUAUUGUGCUCCGGAUUCUUCUCUAACGACGUGCAUUGGCAAGUUGUGCCCAACAAGGCUAAGUUAAUGACAACAUGUCAUCGGCGUCGACCAACUUCUUCCCUUAUUUCAGAGCUCUGCCGUGUUAGUUUGCCUGUUUCCCAACCGCUUGUUUUGGCUGCCCUGAAAUAAUAACGAAGGCACGCCUGUUUUAAAAUAUGGAAGUUGGAGAGGGUCGUUCAGUUCCCCCUUGAGGCGCGAGGAUUUUCUUUGGCACUCAGCGAAUAGUGAUCUAUUUUUAAAUGAUCCUUUUCGUCCCCCUCCAAUACUUUUUUUCUUUUUUGCCCUAUAUUCGCUCUUAAACAACAGUGUAAUCAUUGUGUUGCCUUGAGAUGCCCUGUCGCGCUUGAAAUGCCAUCACACCAGAAGACGAAGAGGGAGGAUGGAGAGUAGGAUUUCCAGCAGCCUGCCCAUUACAUUACUUUACACAUAGGACAGAAUGAUGACUUUCCCCUCCUUUUCUCAGCUGAUUUCACACGCUUUCGCUCCCUGAGAACGAGAUGCACCAGGCUUAAUUAUUUAUUUAUUUAUUUUUUUGGUGGAAUAUUUUAUCACCACUCAUAUGCAUGAGAGAUCUAUGCCCAUUCAGAAAGGCCCAUGGAUUUUUUGGGACUGAAGAAAGUUCGUAAUCCGGAUCGAAUGUACAGAUCAGCAGUGUGUUAUGCUGGCCAUGGUCCACCUAAGAGUAUCAGUGAUGACACAGAGACGAACAAUGAACAUGGACAUUUGAAAAUAUACCUGCCCAAGAAGCUGCUUGAAUGUCUACCAAAAUGCACGUCGCUGCCGAAGGAGAGGCACCGGUGGAACACUAAUGAGGAGAUUGCAGCUUACUUGAUAACAUUUGAAAAGCAUGAAGAGUGGCUAACAACAUCCCCUAAAACAAGGCCGCAGAAUGGGUCGAUGAUACUGUACAACAGGAAGAAGGUGAAGUACAGAAAGGAUGGUUACUGCUGGAAGAAGAGGAAAGAUGGGAAGACCACGAGAGAGGAUCACAUGAAACUGAAAGUGCAGGGCGUUGAGUGUCUGUAUGGCUGCUACGUCCACUCCUCCAUCAUCCCCACCUUCCACCGCAGGUGCUACUGGCUGCUCCAGAACCCUGACAUUGUGCUUGUCCACUAUUUGAAUGUUCCAGCCAUCGAGGAUUGUGGGAAACCAUGCGGACCCAUCCUGUGUUCCAUCAAUACGGACAAGAAAGAAUGGGCCAAAUGGACCAAAGAGGAGCUGAUUGGACAGCUAAAGCCCAUGUUUCAUGGCAUCAAGUGGACUUGCAGCAAUGGGAACAGCAGCUCUGGCUUCUCAGUGGAGCAGCUAGUGCAACAGAUUCUGGACAGCCACCAAACUAAGCCGCCUCCCCGGACUCACAACUGCCUCUGCACGGGUACCCUGGGUGCAGGGAGCAGUGUACACCACAAAUGCAACAGCGCCAAACAUCGCAUCAUCUCCCCUAAAGUGGACCCCCGUUCUGGGGGCUACAGCAGUGCACACUCUGAGGUACAAAACAAUGAUGUGUCUGAAGGGAAGACUGAACACAGUGGCCACGGUGGAGGAAAAGGCUCUGGGGGAGGAGGCGGAGGGGGCACUGCCAGGGAGAAACGCAAUGGCAAAGUCCACAAGCCUGUCCUUCUGCACCAGAACAGCACAGAGGUGUCAUCCACCAACCAGGUGGAGGUCCCUGACACCACGCAGAACUCCCCGGUGUCCAUCAGCAGUGGCCUCAACAGCGACCCAGAUAUGGCCGACAGCCCCGUGGUGACAGGGAUGACCCAUGUACCCUCUGUCAUGUCUGGCCUGUCGCAGAGUGUCUUUAUGUCUGAGGUCACUGGAGAACCCGUCUAUAGCAUGUCUCCAACUGGAGGUCCCAAUGCUCACCUGAUGGGUGCAGACGCCUCCUCACAGGGCUUGGUGCUGUCCAUGACCGCUGAUCGACACAAAUUUGCCUUCCCCGGAGGAGGAGGAGGAGUAGGGGAACCUGGGACUACCACGGCAGGAGACGGGCUGUCCAUGUUGUCUACAGCGGGUGUGUCUGAAGAACUGGUGCUAACCAGCAGUCUCGAUACUGGAACCAUCAAGAUUCCAGAAACCAAUAUGAACUUUGAUCCUGACUGCUUCUUGAACAACCCCAAACAGGGCCAGACCUACGGCGGCAGCGCUCUGAAGACAGAGGGCAACUCGUCCUCAACAUCCUCUUCCUCCAGUGGCAGCAGUAGCACCAACGGGAGUCUCCAGCGCUCCCCCGACAUGUCAGACAACAGCUACCCCUUCAGCUCAGCUCUCGUAAAAAACAUCAAGACAGAAGACACAUCAUUUGAACAGCAGAUGAAGGAAAGUGGUUACCAGGUCGGGGGAGUAGUGAACUGCGGUGGAGGGGUGUCAUCUGGUGCUGGAUCAGGUCAGGGGAGCCUUAGUCUGACCCCAACAGGCUCUCUGCUUCCUUCAGGAGGGGGGCUUAGUCCCAGCACCACUUUAGAGCAGAUGGAUUUUAGCGCCAUUGAUCCCAAGCAAGAAUAUACUUCUAGUGCUACCACAGUGAACUAUGGGCAGGCCAUUCCUAGUCCACAUAUGCAACACCAGAACCGUUCGCCCACCUUCUUCCUGCAGGAUGCUUCUCAAGCCAGCCAAACGCAGCAGGGCAGGUCAAACAUGGGCCAGAAAUCACAUCUGAUGGAGCACAACUCCCAUGACACUGGGGCUUAUAUGGGACUGCAAGUGGUAAAAACUGAGUCUCCUGGUAGCAAUGGCCACCUUCAUCAUCACCAUCAGAGCCAGACGCAGCACAGGGCCAAUUGCAACAGAGGUUCCCCCACAGAGGGGUCCGGCCAGGCAACUUCUCUCCAGCUGCUGCAGUACCAGGGGCCGUUUCCUGGGCUGGGGACGGAGCAUGAAGAGGUUGCCGGUCUAGAGCAACCAAGUAACGUGAAUCCAGCUCAGGCUGGAGCCACGGAGAAUGGAGGUAAGAACCUCCUCAAGCCAGGGGAUCACAUUCAGGCAUGUGGAGCUGGAAGCAGAGAGGGAGGGCGAACAGAGCACUACCUGCAACAGGCUUCAGAUGGUAGCAGCGGAGGGGCAGUUGCUACAGGCGAAGGAGUAACAAUGCAUAAUGGAAACAGUGAUGGUAGCAACCGCACCCAUCAGCUACAACCUCUUCUCCAAGGCACAAGUAUGGUGCAGGGACUUUACAACGCAGUGGGAGCCCAUCAAGGUCUGACCGGAGCCGCUAAUAAUGGAGGCGCAGGCGGAACCGGCAUGGAAAUAAGUCUGGACCACUUUGACAUAUCUUUUGGUAACCAGUUCUCUGACCUCAUCAAUGACUUCAUCUCAGUGGAUGGCAGCGGCACCGCCAUGUCUGCUGGAGGGGCCCUGUACGCUCACCAGCUAGUCACAGCUCACAACACCGAGAAUCAGAACACAGCCGGUGGGCCCCCCCAACAGGGCCAGGAGGAUGGCGGAGCCAGGGGCUCGGGCUACAGCCCCUCAGAGCUCUGCCUUCAGCCUUGUUGCAGUCCUCAGUCUCUGAGCGGAGGGGCGGGAGCAGGAGGCAACACCGGAGACGCUGGAUCGUUGUCCUACAUGAAUGUUGCAGAGGUCGUCUCAGCAGCUGUCGCUCAGGGGGCUUUGGGGAUGUUACAGGCCACUGGCCGACUCUUCAUGGUCACUGACUACUCCCCAGAGUGGUCCUACCCAGAGGGUGGAGUGAAGGUGCUUAUUACUGGUCCAUGGCAGGAGGCCAGCUCAAAUUACAGCUGCUUGUUUGACCAGAUCUCGGUUCCAGCCUCUCUCAUCCAGCCAGGCGUACUGCGUUGCUACUGCCCAGCUCAUGAUACAGGUCUGGUGACGCUACAGGUGGCCAUCAGCAACCAGAUCAUCUCCAGUUCUGUGGUGUUUGAGUACAAAGCUCGGGCUCUCCCUUCACUGCCAUCCUCUCAGCACGACUGGCUCUCACUGGAUGAUAACCAGUUCAGAAUGUCAAUCCUGGAGCGCUUGGAGCAGAUGGAGAGGAGGAUGGCAGAGAUGGCCAGCCACCAGCAGACGAGCAGUGCGGGGAGUGGCGGAGCUGGAGGAGGAACAGGAGGAGGGGGUGUGGGUGGGGGAGGAGUAGGUGGAGGCAGUGGAGGAGGGGGCGGUGGAGGGACCAACACUCAGUCACAGUGUGCAUCUGGCCAGACGCAGGCCAGCAGCUCCUUUGAGAGUCGUGUCGUCGUGGUCUGUGAGAAGAUGAUGAGCAGAGCUUGCUGGGCCAAGUCCAAACAUUUAAUCCACUCCAAGACCUUCAGAGGGAUGACACUCCUUCACCUGGCGGCUGGCCAGGGCUACGCCACCCUUAUCCAGACACUCAUCAAAUGGCGUACUAAGCAUGCUGAUAGUAUCGAUUUGGAGCUAGAAGUGGACCCUCUAAAUGUGGAUCACUUUUCCUGCACGCCCCUGAUGUGGGCAUGUGCGCUCGGUCAUCUAGAGGCCGCGGUGGUCCUGUAUAAAUGGGACAGACGGGCCCUUGCCAUCCCAGAUUCCUUGGGUCGCCUGCCCCUGUCAAUCGCUCGCUCUCGUGGCCAUACCAAGCUGGCCGAGUGUCUGGAGCAACUGCAGAGGGAAGAGCAGCAACCGCCAGCCCCCAUACCACCCACAACUCGCAUGUCUUUCUCCCCGGCCCCUGACGUGCCCACCUCUGACAGCUGGAUGGUCAGCUGGGCAAAUGACAGCAUAGUAGCACCCAGUGGCAAGAAAGGAGGUCCUGCUAACACAAUAACCACACCCAGCACGACCAGCCCCAACCCAGAUUUAAGAAGGCCAAGAUCAGAACCUUCUAACUGCUACAGCACCGAGGGCCAAAGAGACCUCCCACUAGCUAAAAAACAUAAACCUAACCCGGAAUUAUUUCAUAAUCGACCCGACAAGCCCAUGUCUGUUCCUCCGAGCCUGGAGCAGCAACAGCUCCACAAACUCUCCUCUGGCGCCAAGAGCCUGUCCUCGGAAGGCCUGAGUGCAGACAAAGGUCUGCCGACCGGAGGCAGUACUGGGACCACCCGAUGGACCUCCAGGGAGAAUUUCUCCCACAGCGGCCUAGGGAAGAAAGCUCUUGGGAUGAGUGGGGGCAGCAGUCUAGGAAAGGAGAAGCUGGUGAGCCGACUGCGGCAGAGAGAACAGCUAGGCAUGCUUGUCAUGGCGGACAGAGAAAUGGCAGAUUCAGAACUGAUAUCGUAUCGAGAAGAUCUGGAGAACCACGACUGCCUCACACAGAUGGAUGACCUACAGGUAAAUAUGAUGACUCUGGCAGAGCAAAUCAUUGAAGCGACACCGGAAAGAAUCAAGAGGGAGAAUUUCAGUGCUGCAGACUCUGGGCCAUUAGACACGUCAGCAGUCAGCACCACCAUGAACUGGUUAGCCAGCUACCUGGGAGAUGUAGAACAGCUGCCAAGCAUCAUACACCUACGAUCUCUGUACAAUGAACCACUGACACCAUCAUCUAACCCUAACCUGAGUCCUCGGGGGUCUCCGCUUAGAGAGGGCCCGUUGGAGAGGUCUGUGGUCCCCUCCCCGUCUGACUGGAGUGAGUUCAUCAACGCCUCCAACAGCAAAGUGGAGCGAGACCUGGCCCAGCUUACUCUGUCAGAUCCAGAGCAGAGAGAGCUGUACGAGGCUGCCCGAUUGGUCCAAACUGCCUUCCGCAAGUACAAGGGGCGGCCUCUCCGGGAGCAACAGGAAGUAGCGGCUGCUGUUAUACAACGUUGCUACAAGAAAUACAAACAGCUAACAUGGAUAGCCCUAAAGUAUGCACUUUAUAAGAAGAUGACGCAGGCCGCCAUCCUUAUCCAGAGUAAAUUUCGCAGCUACCACGAACAGAAGAAGUUCCAGCAGAGCAGGAGGGCGGCUGUGCUCAUUCAGCAAUACUACCGCAGCUACAAGGAGUUCGGCAAGCUAAAGCCCCAUCACCGUGGGGCUGCUGCUGCCCUGGUGCAGCACAAGCUGAGAGGGAGUCUGCUCACCAAGAGGCAGGAUCAGGCUGCCAGGAAGAUUAUGAGGUUCUUACGACGCUGCCGUCACAGCCCCUUGAUGGACCAUAGACUGUUCAAGCGGGGUGAAAGAAUUGAAAAGGGCCAAGGAACAUGAGACCCCUCAGAAGAGCCCCCUAGCGAUGUGACAUCUUUCUCCGGACUCCUCUUUUCUUUUUUGUUUGUACCUGAGACAUUUUACAAGAGAACAGAACAAGAAAAGAAAAAAGAAAAAAAAAGAAAAAACAUCAGUUCAAGCACUGCUGUUAUUACUACUAGUAGAGCAGUGUAACAGGUUCAACUACGAUUACAUUGCACACAGCUAAUGUUUUUUUUUCAACAUGUGUAUUCUUUCCACUGACUUGGUGACCUCUGCAGGAUUAUAAAUUAAAAAGAACUGGGGCGACGGGUGCAGAACAUUGGCUUCAUGGCAUCUUUUGCACUUUUCCAUGGACUGCUUUUUUUCCUGUUUUCUUUUUAGCUACGAAGACGUUUUGGACGGCGAUGAGAGACGACGGACGACAGGUGGGAUGAAAGUUGGGGCUGUUGCAGAAAAUCUCAAAGGACAAGGAGACCAUGCGGAAACACUCUAGGCUCUUAUUGUGCUUCAUGUUUUUUUAUGGCCACACAUCACUCAAAGAGAGAUUUUUUUAACAUACUAAUAACCCACAUACCCACCUUUAACCCUCUGCUUGUGAUUUAACAGUAUCCACUUUAGCUUAGCAUCCUUUCCAGUCCUGCUUUGCUCUACCCCCACCAAUCUGCCCACCUGGGUGGAGCUACAAAUGAAUGUAGUGGGGUGUAAACAUUCAUGCUGAAGAUGAUUGGGGAUAAAACAUUUUCUUUUAAAAAGAUACUAUGCUUUAUUGUAUAUAUACAGUCCCUUUAUUACUUGAAUUUGUUUCAUAUCGUCCAAUGUAUUCCUUCCUUCAUGUCCAAUGUAUUGGUGAGCUGUAUCUUCAGGCUAUAUGUUGUUAACUCCUACCAAGAAAAAAAAAAUGCAUGACUUCUAGACAAACAAAGUCUUUGUGUGAUUAUGGUCUAGUUCCUCGGUCUUUUCUUUUCGGAUUUUCAUUUUUCUUUCCACAUUGCCCUUCAUAGGAGCCUUUAUUAUUUCUGUAAUUAAGCUAAUCUCUGCGUUUUCCCGGUUGCUUUGUUUUUUCGUCUCGGUUGUUGAGUUGGUUGCCUCUCUCAUCGAGGGGAUCAAAACGUUCAUAUUUUGUGUUGUAACCCUUAAAGUCAUGGAGGUUAGUGAUGUUCUUUACCGGUAAACUCCAGAACCUCUGCAGGCUUUUUGAGGGGAAGAUCACAUACAUUGCCUUGACGUCUUAGAGAUUCUUUGUGGGGUCCCUAAGCUUGUCCCAAAAUAGGGGUUUGACAAAUCCAUAUUUUUUGACAAUUGAGUGAUUUUCUGUAUAUAAAACGAAGGCUGCAAGUAUGUAGGGGGGAAAAUGAACAUGUUCCCUUACAGGGAUUGUAUUUUAGAAAUAUAUUAUUUUAUUCAUUAAAAAUGGGUCGAAAACAGGUACAAGACAAAAACAGAAUAUUUGUAUAGUUUUGUUUGAAUGCUGAAGAAGUAUGGUUCUAUUGUUUGUACAUACUGUAAAUAUCUGGGAUCAAGAUGAGCUAAGUGCAUGAAAAUUAUGAACAGAGUUAAAAGGGGGGGAAAAAACUAAAGCAGUAGUGGCUAUGCUCUGUAAAAUUAAAAAUAUUUCACUAUUAGAGUAUUUUACUUUAUUUUGAUUGUUCCGGAGACAAACAUUUUGCUAAAGCAUGAUAUUAUUGCAUAUGAAAAGGUUAAAAAAAUAACGUAUUUAGUGUUAGGAGAGGUCUUUAAAAAUUAUCUUAAAUCCACUAUAUUUACUUUCAUUUUUUUUCUCUCAUUAUCUGUUUAGUUUGGGCUCCCAAGAAACUUUUGCCAAUGGUGCCAAGGUAUACGAUUGCUAUGAAGCUUAAGAGUUUAUUUGAGUUCAUGUUUUGCAGGACAGAUAAUCAUACAGUGAAAUACACACUAAGGAAUGAAAACCAUAAUAUCACGACUGGCUGAGGAUUGAAGAAAACCGAACUUGCAAAGGGACUCAUAUUCAAACAGAGGGCCUUUUAGUGUAAGUUAUUCAUGUUUCCACCAUCCAUAUAUGUGGAGUUCAUCUCCUAUUAUACCAUAUCUGAUAUGUGCUUGAUUUUUGUUGCCAUUGAAAAUGGAAUGUGAUGCUUACUGAGGUAUCUUAUCUGAACUUAAAGAUUGUAGAUGGAAGCCUUUCCCAUUUGGAUCCUAACAAAGUAAUCCAAGCUCCUGUUUUCUAUCACUGAAACAGAUGGACUUCAUUGCCUCAGCUGUGCAAUCUGAUGCGCCAAGCUUUAAUUUACCAUUCGUAGACGAAUAUAUGUAAAAUGAUGGUAAGAUGAACUGGGAAUUACGUAUUGCAAACAUUUGUUUAUUAAGAAAUCUUUCCAGUCGUGGUUGCCAAAAGUGGAUCUUGUAAUCUGCGGUGAGGCACUAAACUUUGUGACGUUAAAGGAAAAACAAUAAUAAGAAAUGGGACCAUGACAAAUAAUUUCCAAACUUUUUCUCUUAUCAGCAUCACACAUAUUAUGCCAAAUUCAACUGAAAAACAAAGCAAACAGAUAAAAAGUACUUUAAAGUCGCAAGAACUGUGCACACGUUUAAAUUAAUACUUUGAAUGCUGAAAUUGAGCUAAAAGACGUUUCAACUUUCGCCAUGUCUCACCUUAACUUCGCAAUAUUUGCCAACUCCACCGUACCUUGACAAAAAGUCUCAAAAUAAUAAAGAUAUAUCUUGGCCACCGCCUUCUUCAGUUGAACCCACAGAUUUAGUCCAGGACUCUGGGCCUUUUAAAAACAAUCUGACGAAAAGCAGCCCCGCAUCAUGAUGCUGCCAACCCCCAUCUGUAGUGUAUUGCAGUGUGCUUUUGGUGAUGUACAAUGUUGCUUUUGUACCACGCAUACCUUCUAGAAUCGUCAUUAAGACAUUUCCCCAGACAGUUUUAAGAGGUUUUGAACCAGGACUAGAUGUUCUCUUUGAAAGAAGCCGCUACUGUUUUGCAACCCUACUUGCACAGUUAUGCUUAAAUUACUCAUACCCCUGGCAGAUUCAGCCUUAAAGUGGUCUUUUUUUUAAAAAAACUAACAUGUUUCUCAUGACUAGAAGUAAAGCUGAGGUUUUGAAUUAGCCAAGGCAGAGUUCCAAAUUGAAACUUAUAGAGAAUCUGUGGAGGGAGCUAAAGAUUCGGGUAAUGGCAAGCAGGGCUUCCAACCUCAAAGACUUGACGUUCAUCGGGCAAAGAUAAAUCACCAGAAUACCAGCAAAAACAUGCAAAAAGCUGGUCAGCAAUUAUAAACACUGUUUGAUUGCUGUAAUUUAAAGUUGUCCAGUAACCUGACAUGUUUAUGAUAGAAAGUUGGAGUACCUGCAGAGAACCCAGCCAUGCGUGGGGAGAACAUGCAAACUACACUCAGACUGAUCAUAAGCCUAAAAAUAGAUUUUAUACAACCAAUCCAAGGCAUGAACCCAAGGCUUAAUGUUGAAAUAAGAUCAAAAGGUAUUUGAGCAAAGUAUUAAUUUAAGGCUGUGCCCACUCAUGGAACCGGGUAACUAGGUUUUUGUUAUUCAUUGUAACAGAUUUGUUUGUUUUUCAGUUGAAUUUUUUUGGCUCAUAUUAAAGGAAUGUAACACAAAUGAUUUAGCGUAGUCUAAUUUUUCACAUCACACAAACCUGGCAUUUAAACAAUUUUAUGAUCCGCUAUGUAAAAGAAAAAUGGAGUUGAAAAACCGGGGGGGCAGCUGAACGUGGCUCUGUUUCUCUGAAAGCACACCUGCAACGUGAACUGUCAAAGGUGCUAAUGUGAUUUUAGGACAGCACUGGAAGAUCUCACACAUGUCCAUGAAAAGUCAAUAAGCUAAAAUGACUGUAAUAUAUUGUGUGUAAAUUCUAGCAGUAGUGUUUCUUAUGAAACACUGGACAAUAUCAAAACCACCUAGGAUGCUUAGAAACAAUUAGGAGUCUUUUAGGUGCCUAUUGGCUGCUGUCGAAUUCUUAUAAAAAAUACUUCUGCCAGAAAGUGUACUCUAUCCAAACAUGUGAAAAAUUCAGCCAAGUGCCACUGAAAACUUGAUUUUCAUUUAUUUAUUUAUUUAUUUAUUUUUAAGAUUAUUAGAAUAGAUUUCUCUGAUUUGAUGUUCUGGAUUGACUGGUUGUUGUCUUGUUGUUUUCCAAGUCACCUGACGUGUAAACCUUAUUUGCAGUGUUAAUGUAGAAAGUGCCUAUUCAUGUCCUCAUAACACCGGUUAGCAGAACGCAUUCAGGGCACCUGGUCUCGAGGGCGUAUGCCACAUGAUCGCCACCAUUUGUACCAUUGCACUCGCUCCCCUUGCACGUAAGAAGCAGAGCACUCCAGCUUGUCCGCGUUAUGACUUCACUUUUGUUCUUCUGCCUCUUCCAUUUUUCUACUGGAACUUUUUUUUUCUCUUUAGAUACGCCGCGACCGGGGUUUGCUGCCUUGCGCUCAUCCUCUAGGUUGUGGUUUGAAUGCAUAGCCAAUGCAAUGUUUUGGGGAAAAAAGUGAGACAAGGAUUUCUAAUGCUUGCAUGGUAAACUAGUAAACUGGGUGACAGAGCUCUAACUAUAGCAUGCUUAUUUCCUUUGGACUGGAAGUCAGAUAGACUUGCUCUAAGAUACAAUGUUUGCGAAACAGUGAGCAGCUGGUUUGGUGUAACACACAAGGGGAACUGUGAUCGUAGGGAAGGAGGGGGGGGGGCCCAACCCUGCAAAUUAAGCCAAUGAUCAGUAAUCGGUAGCUGCUGAUGUUUUCAUGGCAGAGCAUGAGGACAGAGUUAUGUUUCGCAACAGGUUUCUUCGAUGUUUCAUUUGCUUUUUGUUGUUCAUUUAGACUCAGUCAGUGUACCACCAAAUUCACUUAUGGGACAGAUGGAAACAUAAGCAUUUAGCGUUGUUUAACCUCCCUUUUGUAUUUUACUCAGGGUGCCAAAAUGGGGAGGAGGAAACAGAGCAGGACAUGUGUUUCACAUCAGAGGAAGCUGAAACUGAAAAUACAAAUGGUUAGAAAAACAAUAAGGAACGGAUUGGUUUCAUUAUAAAAUCCCUAAAGUGAAUUUAGAAAUUUCCUCUCAGCAAUCCUGAACUGGUGGAACCCUGAAAUAGAGUCCGCUCACAUGUAGCUCUUUGAGAUGAAUGAUUUUUCUUUUAUGAAAACCUGCUUUAAUUUAUAUAAGUGACAAAAUGUAGAGGGUACUUAAGAUUAAGUGUAGUUCUGUGAAAACUGCAACUACAGAUCUUGUUUUUACUGCCAUUUCUGAGUGGGAUGAUAGGCACACUUGGUUAGCACACAGGAUUUAUCAGUUUUAAGACGUUCUGCAAAUUGACCUGAGAAUCUGCCUUUCCUCCUCUUCCUUUUUCCGACGCACCCGAACCGCAGAAAGGUAGGCACAUCAGGGCAACAGAACAGAAACCCGUUUUGCAGUAUGAUCCACGUGUUGACACGGAGCAAUAAAGAAACUAUUUUGUGGAGCCCUUACAGGCCUAGCAAAGUUUAAAAUGACUGGACACGUGUAGUCGACUUACUCUUUAUGCAAAUGCCAGUAUUGCAAGACAAGCAUUCAGUAGUUUAUUGACAGCAAUUAUAUGGCACCCUUUACAGAAUUGCACGUUUUCAUCAAUUCCAAACUGAAGAGAAGAAAAAAAGGCCCUGCUUUGAUAGAAAGUCACGGGUCCUCGACACUUUGCAUGUGAACUAGUGUUAGAUCUCUUUUCCUCUCCUCUAUAGCUGUCUUUCUCUCUGUCUUUCCCUGUUAUGUGACCCUAGUUUUCUCCGCUCCCCACCCUUAAAAAAAUGUUCAUCUCCUCUCGGUUCUCCCAAUGUGUUAUGCUUUCCUCCUUUUUCUUCCCUUUUCUUGUUUGUAAGUUUUAUUUUUGUAAUUGUGCAUGUACAAGCGUCACUGACUCAAUGGAUAUGUUUAAAAAAAAAAGAGAUUUCUGCUGCUGAAGCCAUGCAAAACAUUUUGAAUUGCCCUUAAAAUAUGGAAGAUGUUUUCUGAAUGCUUUAUAUUCUUUCUGCUGUAAAAUAAUAAAAAAAGGUAAAAACUAAGAAAACUUGA